GACAGUAACGCUCAGAAGGCUCACGUGUACAAAUCCGGCCUUCACAGCCUCAAAAAAAUAUCCUGCUCCCCUCCCCCCGCCACCCCUACCCAAAAAUAAAAUUAAAUAAAUCUUAAUUUAAUUAAUUAAUUAUUUAUUUAUUUAUUAACAAAUAAUGAAGGAAAAGAAUCAUCUUUCUCCCGUCCCACUUCCUCUCUCUUCUCCCAUUCCCCUUAAACCCUUCUCUUACCGUCUUCUUCUUCUUCUUCUUCUUCUCAUCAUCCUCUGCGAUUAUCCCCGUUGGAGCUUCCGACAGCUUCUUUUCCUCGCCUCGCUCAAUCAGCUCGGAAAAGUGGGAAUUCUGUGGAGUGCCAAUAACAGAAUUUUGGACGAGCGAAGUGAUUUGUGUCGUGGUUAGCAAGCCGAGGAGCUGGUGUAAUUCGUUCCCGUGUUGUGUUGUGUUGUGUUGUGUUGUGUUGUGUUCAGGAGAUGAAGAUACAGUGCAACGUGUGCGAGGCGGUGGAGGCCAGCGUGCUUUGCUGCGCCGACGAGGCCGCCCUCUGCUGGGCCUGCGACGAGAAGGUCCAUGCCGCCAACAAGCUCGCCAGCAAGCACCAGAGGGUUCCCCUCUACACCUCUUCUUCCCAGAUUCCUAAGUGCGAUAUCUGUCAGGAGGCGGCUGGGUUUUUCUUCUGUUUAGAAGAUCGAGCUCUGCUCUGCAGGAAAUGUGAUGUUGCAAUACACACAGCAAAUGUCUAUGUCUCUGCUCAUCGGAGGUUUCUGCUUACUGGUGUCAAAGUGGGUCUUGAUCCUGCUGAGCCUGGUCCAUCCUCCUCUUCGGUUAAUUCUCAGUCUGGUGGAAAGAUAUCCGAGACAAAAUCAACUUCCGCAUCAAAAGGAGUAGCCCAGUUACCUUUAUCUGGUGACCAUAAUGGAGCUUUACCCAUGCGUCAGGAUGCUGCUAGAAAUUUUGUGUCCGGUAAGGUGCCUCUUUCUGGAGGUUCUGUUGCUGGAAGCAUCCAACAGUGGAAUCUAGAUGACCUGCUUGGGUUUACUGAGUACAACCAUGCUUACAGUUACAUGGAUAACGGGUCGUCCAAGGCUGACAGUGGGAAGCUUGGAGACUCCGACUGCUCCUCUAUGCAAAGAACUUCCGAGGAAGGAGAGGAUGAAUGCCCAGGUCAGGUUCCGGAGAAUUCCUGGGCAGUACCACAGAUCCCUUCACCCCCAACCGCUUCGGGCCUUUACUGGCCAAAGACCCCUCGCCACAUAUCCAAUGGAGCAGUUUCUGUACCGGACAUUUGCUCGUUACCUGAACAUGCCACGCCGUUUCAACGUGGUGGGAAUGCAUUAAAAAGGCGCCGACAUUCCUAGACUGGUGGGCUUUGCAAGUGUUUUUGCUGUGGAUAGAAGAUCAAAGUUUGUGCUACAUCUCUAUGUUGACCUCUUUGGUAGCCGUUUAUCCGUGCCAUGGGUGGCAGGAAACGCGGAGAAUGCUAUUUAUCAGUGCAGGAAAAAAGAAAAAGAAAAAAUAAUAAUAAUAAUUCAGGCUAUAGGCUAUGUUGCUUUAUUGCCUUGAUCAAGUGGAUUUUCUUGUUGGGUUACUUACUAGAAGAGCUGAGGAGUGUACAUGGAAGGGUAUUAUAUGCUGGUAGUUUUAGUUUCACUGUUGAUACAAACAUCCGGUGAAACUCUUGAUUGAGAAUUGGGCAGAGGAGAGUAGCUUUUUGCCUCGAUAGUGAACCAAUAGAAGAAAAUCAAGAACACAAUAAAUGUACUGUGUUUAUCUCU